UUUAACCUCUUGGUCUCCGCAAUUUCCUGCAGCUCACAUUCCUCUUCCCCCUUUUCCUUAUCCUCUUUUUUUGCAAUCUCUUCCUUUUCUUCUUCCUCUUAGAUUGUCUGCUUCAGUAUGGCCUUUGCCGGGACAACCCAGAAAUGCAUGGCCUGUGAGAAAACGGUUUAUUUGGUUGAUAAGCUAACUGCGGAUAACCGAGUGUACCACAAGGCUUGCUUCCGAUGCCAUCAUUGCAAAGGGACACUCAAGCUUAGCAACUACAAUUCUUUCGAGGGGGUUCUUUACUGCAAGCCACACUUCGACCAACUGUUCAAAAGAACCGGCAGCCUAGAGAAAAGCUUCGAAGGGACACCAAAAAUUGCUAAACCGGAGAAAAACAUUGAUAGUGAGAAGCCUGUAGCGACCAAAGUGUCAAGUAUGUUUGGUGGAACCAGGGAUAAAUGUGCUGGUUGUCAGAAAACAGCUUAUCCAACGGAGAAGGUUACUGUGAAUGGAACUCCAUACCACAAGAGUUGUUUCAAAUGUUGCCAUGGAGGGUGUGUUAUAAGUCCUUCCAACUACAUUGCACAUGAGGGCAAACUCUACUGCAAGCAUCACCAUACCCAGCUGAUCAGGGAAAAGGGUAAUCUGAGCCAGCUUGAAGGUGACCGCGACGGGAGUACAGUGCAUGAUAAAAUUACUGAUGAACAAGUUGCUGCCCUCACAUAGAAGAGUCAGAAAAGUCACGUUUUCAACUUUUAUAUCCUCUGCCACCGUUCGUGUUUUCCCUUACAUUUUCUGCUGUUCUGCUAGUAGGAAAAAAUGUGUGGAUCUUGUUUCUGAAUUUGGUUUGGAAAGAGACCUCAAGAGCAAUUGACUCUUUUAAUGUGGUCAUAUGAAGACUCUCAUUUGCUUAUUGAUAUCUUAAAAGUUAAAACUGCUUCGUUAUCCUCAUUAAA